AAAAUAUGAGUUAUCCUAAUAUAUAAGAGUUUUUAGAUGACUUUGAAAAGCAGAAUGAUUUAUUAGGAAAAGGGACAUACGGUGAGGUUUAUAAAAUGAAAACGAAGAGGUGCAUCAAUCCAGAGUAAGAAAAGCUUUAGGAAGGAUAAGAUGGUUAUAGUGGGUAGUAUUAUGCAGUAAAAAUGAUGAAUGCUAAGACAGAAAAGUCGUUUACUACGAUAUAGAAAGAAUUUCUCAUACUAAAAAGUCUACCAAACUAACAUCCAAAUAUCAUUAAGCUUUACAAGGUAAUGUUAAAUUCUAUGAUUAGAGUUAUGCAUGGGCCAAUCAGAUCACUAAAACUUAUACAUUAGUGUUGGUAAUGGAACUUGCUGAUAAAAGCCUGAUGAAGGAAAUCGACGAGAGAAGACAAGCUAAUAAAUAUUUUUCUGAUGACUAAUUGCAUCACAUAUUCUUGUAAUGCAUACAAACAUUAAAUGAUAUCAAACUGCAUUCAAAUAUAUAUCAUAGGUAUUUGAUUGAUCAAAAAUAGAGAUAUAAAACCUGAAAACAUCCUUCUUAAUAAAGAAUAACAAAUAAUCAUCACGGAUUUUGGAGUUUCUCGAAAAUUAAUGAAGGAGAAGUUACCCACAAUUAAUGGCACAUUGGUUGGAACGCCAGCUUACUUGUCUCCAAUAUUAUGGAAGGCUUUUGAAGAGGGGCAAUUCUAGAUAUCAAAAAUUAAUAAAAUUACUCACAAUGUAGAAAAAUCUGAUGUUUAUUCAUUGGGUGUAACUCUGCUGUAGACAACUCUUCUGUUGAAUUCAGAAAUAUAAAAAUUAAAUUCUGUAAAUUUACAUAAUUGAUUCAGGGUGAACAAGGUUAGUAAAUAACUAAAGACUUGUUGAGGAAUGUCUAAAAUCAAAGAAUUAAGUAUAUCCUUACAAGAAUGCUAGAACAUGAUGAAAAGUAAAGAGCAACCUACAAUGAAUUACUGCAAUAAUUGAAUGAAACAAUUCCUAAAUAAGUUGGUUAGAAUAAGAAGCCCAUAUUUUCUUAUGUUGAACCAAAAUUGGGAAUUAAAGAAUAAUUUAGUUUGUAGGCCAAAAUUAAAUUCGAAAAUAAUUGUAAAAAAGAUUAAUAAGAAACUCAACAAAGUCCAUAGUAAUUAGAAUAACAAACAGAAAUUGAAACCGUAAGUUAAAGCUAAUUGAAUUAAUAAGAGUUAAAUGAAAAUAAAAUAAAAGAUUUAUGA